CCGCUGCCUUCUGGGAGCUGUAGUCCCUCGGCCUUCCUUGCGCCCAGCCGAGCCGCUUCGAAGCGGGCCCGAGCCGGGGGGCUUCCAGGCCAGCGGGUGGGGGGUCGAGGGGGGUCUCCCUGGCCCGGAGGAGCCGAUCCUGCCUGGAGGGGGCGCGACUCCCCCUCCCCCUCCCCGAGACCAUCGGAGGCUCUUCCCCCCCCCUUUGGAUGGUGCCAGCGCGGGGCGAGGACCCCACUCUCCGUUGGGCACCCGGGCACUGGCGGGGCUGGACAGAACGGGACGACGCCAUGCGCGAGAAUUACAACACCACAAUUGCUCUGGGCGCCCCGCUCACUAAACCGGAGGUGGCCCCACAGGAUGGGGGCCUUUUACCAGCCAAGGGGGCAGCGGAGACGCCUGAUACAGGAUCCAGUCAUCCUGGCUUUGAACAGGCGGUUAAGGCUGACCAGCGGCUGCAGGAGACAACAGAGAGACCCGGUAGGCAAGAAGAUCCAAAGGAGCCAGCCAAGAGUUGUCCAGGCGACUGGCUCAUCCGGACGGUGAAGGUUGAAGCCGAGGACUACACAGAGUGGCCGGCCGGGCUGAGCACAGAGGCCCUGCUCUCGGGGCUGCCCCUGGCCAGCGCCUGCAAAUCGGAGGGGCGCAUCCCGGGACCCGGAUACAAGGACGGAGCCAGACUGGGAGAACUUUCUGGACUGGCUCUGCAACAGUGGCAGAUGUUGAGCGAGGACAAACAGCUGGGUUGUCCGCGCUGCGAGCACCCGGCGCCACCACUGGGCGGCAGCCUCGGGGACCCCCGCCCACGUCCCUUCCCCUGCCUGCAGUGCGGCAAGGCGUUUGGGAAGAAGGCGCACCUGACACGCCAUGCCCGCGUCCAUACCGGUGAACGUCCUUUCGCCUGCACCCACUGUGGGCGCCGAUUCUCGCAAAAGAUUCACCUGGGUUCGCACGAGCGGGUGCACACCGGGGAACGGCCUUUUCCCUGUGACCGUUGCCCCAAGAGCUUCCGCAAGAAGACCCACCUGGUGCGCCACCAGCUGACCCACACCGGUGAGCGGCCUCAUGCCUGCACGCUCUGCCCCCGCAGCUUCGUCCACCGCCGACACUUGCAGCGCCACCAGCGGCUGCACGAAGAGGAGGCAGCCCGCGUUGGAGACCCUGUGGAGUUGGGACAACCUGCCCCCUCAUAUGGGAACAGUCUAGAGCUAGGCCUAGUGGGGAACGUUCCCCCGUCUGGAGAGAACUUGGCCGCAUCGGCUGUCCUGGGACAGAACUCCAGGGUUCAGGUCGAUUGUGCACAAGUCAGUUUCCCGUACGGGCCUGGGAUGGAGCUGGGGAAGUUUCUCCCCUCCUAUGUUGGGCACAUGGAGCCUGAACAGGGCCCCUUCCUCUUUAAGGCCGAGCCAGAGCUGGGGGGUGUCCCAGGUGCAGAGAGGGAGGACCGGCCCCUGGGGGAAGCUUUUCUGGAUCCCACAAGUUGUAGAGCUCUCUGUGGGGUGCAAACAGUGGAGGGUGCACCGUAUCUGGAGCAGGUUGGUAAGACCGAACCCGAGGACGAUGCAGGGGCAAGUCAACCACCGGAAGAGAAGCCAUUCCUGUGCUCUGAUUGCGGGAAAGCUUUCGCCUGGCGGAAGAAUCUGGCAUCCCACCAGAGGCUCCACACCGAGGGUGGGCGUCCCUUCUCCUGCGCCGAGUGCGGCCGUGGUUUCAGCGACAAGCGCCACCUGACGGCGCAUCUGCGUGGCCACAUGGGCCUCCUACCCUAUGCUUGUCCUCACUGCGAGCGUAGCUUUGCGCACCGUGCCGGGCUGGCCGCGCACCAGUGCGGGGGCCACACGGGACAGCGCCCCUUCGCAUGCAAUGAAUGCGGCCGCUGCUUUGCUCACAAGCGCCAUCUGCAGAGACACUGGCGCAACCAACACUCGGCCGAGCGUCCCUAUGCCUGCGCGCAAUGCGGACGUGCUUUUAGCACCCGGGCCAGCCUGCUGGCGCAUGUCAAAUCGCAUGCCGGGCAGCGCCCCUUUGCCUGCCCUCUCUGUGGGCGCGCCUUCAGCCGCAAGUCACAUCUAGCCCGUCAUGAGGCUGUGCACACCGGGCUGCGCCCCCAUGCCUGCACCCAGUGUCCCCGCCGUUUCAGCUCCAAGACCAACCUGGUGCGUCACCAGGCAGUACACACCGGGCUGCGCCCAUACAUCUGCACCCACUGCGCCCGCAGCUUCAGCCGCAAGACCCAUCUCUUGCGCCACGAGCGCACCCACGCCAGCGCCCCACUGCCCAGCGCCACCGGUUGGGUGACUGCCUUGCCGCAGAGUUCCCUGCUGCAGCCAGCCGAGCAGCGCCCGCCUCUCCUGUUACCCAUGGCGCUGGAGUCUCCCUGGCAGUGAGGGCCCCCUAAAUCCUGCCCAUCUUAUGCCAUGGGUAUAUCGUAGCUUCAGUGUCCUACGUCCUUUCCGAGCAGCUAUUCGACUACGGGGAAACAUUUUGGUGGCCCAGAAAAAAGACCGAUCCUGCAAGUGAAAAAUGACAUUUACGCAUCCUUGCAAUGUUGUGGACCGUACAGCGGAGUUCCCCAACUUUUACAACUUUGUGGACGGGCGCUCUGUGGGAGUCAAGGAUGUUUCUGUGCAAGUGGAUGACAUGAGUGGACAGCAAGCUCCUUUUUCCCAAGUUGCAAACACACACCUCCACCACUCGGGCUGAUGGUGCACACACCUUCGCCCGCCACUCCUGUGACCCAGCUGCGAACAGACCGCAGCUGGGUAGUGUGCCGCGGCCGUGAUAUUGGGGACCCCUGCCUUAGCUCAUCGAAUGACCUGAAUUACAACCUAAUUUAUUCCGACGGCCAGUCUCCAACAACCCCGUUCCCCCCCCCCUUGCCUUUUGAGGUUUCUACAGUUGUGAACAACACAACCUCGUAACCACGGUUACAGAAGACACACCAUGCUUUGUGUAGGACUGCGAUCCAGAGACGGCUGACCCAGAGGUGGUGUGUGUGUGUAUCUGUGUGUCUCCCGUCUGAAUCUCUCUCUCUUUUUUUUUUUUGCAAAACACCUAUUAUCGGGGUGACUUUUAAAUAAAUUUUACAUUUUAAAUAAUAACGGAAACACUGUUUUUGAGGGUGUGUGUGGAAAAAUAAGAGUAGACAAAUCAUUUUAGUAGCAUCAUAAGGCAAAUAUAAAAGUACGUUUUGUAAUCUUUUUCUUUGAUGUAAACAAUAA